UUGGUUGACGUCUACCUGUGCUGUAACAAUUUGUUUCAAUUAUUUGUUGUAUUUCUAUGAUAAAAUAAGUGAAGUUAUGUGUAAAGAGAAAGUAUGAUAUACACAGAGUGUUGUUAUAUUUAAAAAAUGUGGCAAUUACUCCAAACACCUUGUUGUCAGUUAUUACGCCAAAGACAUAUUUUAGCGAAAAGCAAUGGAUACUUUAACAGUGUAGUAAAAAAUAAACCGGGUUUUACAACAAAACAUUUAUUUAGUUCUGCCCAAAAGAGUACAGAGAGAGCAAACACUUUUUUAAUUUGUAGCCCUUGGAAAUUGUGUGCAGGCAUAAGUUUAGGGUUGGGAGCACGCUUAUUGUAUAAUGGGACUGCAUUUUGUAAAGCCAAUGUCACAAGGACAAUCCAAAGAAGACCAAACCUACAUGAUGACAGUGCAAAGUUUGAUUGGAAAAGGUUUUUCGAGUAUUUAUUACCACAUAAAUGGUUAUUAGCGGCUGCAGUUGCAUCAGCAUUGGCAGUUGCUUUCCUAAAUGUAUACAUACCAGCUAUGUUGGGGGUCAUAGUAAACAUCUUAGCCAGUAUGAAACACAAUCCUAGUACAGAUUUUAUUGAAGAGAUCAAAAUGCCUGCAUUAAAAAUGAUCUCAUUAUAUAUUGGACAGGCUAUUUUCACGUUUUUCUACAUACAUCUGCUGGCUCAAGUUGGGGAGCGUGUUGCAGCUCAAAUGAAACAAGAUCUGUUUGUGUCAAUUUUAAACCAGGAUAUGGCAUUCUUUGAUAGAGAGAGAACAGGAGAAUUAGUAAAUAGGAUAACAGUUGAUGUUCAAGAUUUUAAAAGUUCAUUCAAACAAACUAUUUCCGGAGGAUUGAGGGCUAUUACACAAGUAGUUGGUUCCGCUGUCAGUCUUCUAGUGAUAUCUCCGCAUUUGACUGGGCUGACAUUGAUAUGUAUACCAUCUGUUGUCAUCGGAGGCACCUUCAUUGGGUCUUUAUUAAGGAAGUUGUCAAGAGAAGCUCAAGCCCAGAUAGAGAAGACAACUCUAGUAGCAGAAGAGGCGAUAUCGAAUAUGCGUACUGUUCGUGCGUUCGCGGGCGAGGCGGAGGAGGCGCGGGCGUUCGCGAACGAAUGUGAGGCUGCUGCAGCUCUCAGUAUGGAGCUCGGCCUCGGUGUAGGCAUGUUCCAAGCUGGCACUAAUCUGUUCCUUAACGGUAUGGUGUUGGCGACGAUGUUCCUGGGUGGACACCUGAUGUCCACGGGGCAGAUGUCUGCGGGCGACGUGAUGGCGUUUCUGGUGAACGCGCAGACAGUGCAGCGCUCCGUCGCUCAGCUCUCCUUGCUGUUCGGCUCCGUGGUGAAGGGUCUCAGUGCUGGGGGACGUGUGUUCGAAUAUAUCAAUAAAGAGCCUCAAAUGGACACGUCGGGUAAGAAAGUGAUCAAGUACCACGAGUUCCACGGAGAUAUAGAGUUCAAGGACGUCGCCUUCGCGUACCCCACACGACCUGAAGCUGUUGUUUUGAAGAAUUUCAAUCUGAAGAUACCGGCGGGUAAGACGGUGGCCAUUGUUGGCACAUCGGGUAAUGGAAAGUCAACUAUUGCUGCUUUGCUAGAAAGGUUUUAUGACGUUAAUGAAGGCUCGGUGACAAUAGAUGGCGUUGAUGUACGUGAGAUGGAUUGCAAAUGGCUGCGGGGCAGAGCGCUAGGGCUUAUCAGUCAGGAACCUGUGCUCUUUGCUACAACUGUCAAGGAGAAUAUAAGAUAUGGUAAACCUGAAGCUACUGACGAUGAGGUUUAUCAAGCUGCGAUGACGGCCAAUGCUCACGACUUCAUUACAAGCUUCCCCGAGGGCUACAAUACACUGGUAGGAGAGAGAGGGAUGUCGCUAUCUGGAGGACAGAAACAGAGAAUAGCUAUCGCACGCGCUGUACUAAAGGACCCACCAAUUAUGAUACUGGAUGAAGCUACAAGUGCUUUGGACUCGGCCAGUGAGAAGGUUGUGCAAACUGCACUAGAGGGCGUGUCUCGCGGCCGCACCGUGAUUGUUAUUGCGCAUCGUCUCUCCACUGUCAUGCAAGCUGACAUUAUUGUAGUUCUCAACAAAGGGAAUAUUGUAGAGAUGGGUACACACGAACAGUUGAAAAAACAAAAAGGCUUCUAUUGGAAUCUUAUAAAGCAACAGGAUCAAGAUCCCGAUGGAACUAGAAAUCUAUAAAUAUAGAAAUAAUUAGUAAAAUAUUUUUAUUUAUUUGUGACGUGUAUAAUUCCAGAAUUGUACAAACUUUUUAUUUAAUUUUAAAAAGAGCGUCGGUGGGGACGGUUCAAUACUUGACUAAGUGUUGAACAGUCCCCACCGAGGGACUCGGAACCUACCAUAAGUUAAGGGUGACAGUGCGG